AUAAAAGAUUCUAUAAUCAAAGUUUGUUUAUUUUUUUUAAACAAGAUAUUGAGCUUAAAUUAUUGAAUUUACUUAGUUAAAUUAAGAAGAUUUAAAUAAUUUAUUGAUUGUUAUGUAAAUAUUUACUAAUUAUAUUUUUCAAAUCAAAUUAGUUUUACUCCUUAACUUCACUUAUCUAAAUAAUAUAUGUUAAGUGAUCAAAAUGAAUAUUGACGAAGAAAAUCGUAGAUAUCCUUAUUGUGUUGUAUGGACCCCAAUACCAUUCAUUAGUUGGAUAUUCCCAAUUAUUGGCCAUAUGGGAAUUGCUACAUCAACUGGCAUUAUACGUGAUUUUUCUGGUUCAUUUUAUGUUGCUGAAGAUGACAUGGCUUUUGGGCAGCCAACAAAAUAUUGGCAGUUAAAUAUUGAAACCAUAUCUGGUGGUGCCAAAGCUUGGGAUAGAGCUGUUAAUGAAGCAUCUAUAGAAUAUUUCAACAGAAUGCACAAUUUGUUGUGUGAUAAUUGUCAUUCACAUGUUGGUAUGGCAUUGUCACUGGUCAAUUAUAGUAACAGUCAAAAUUGGAACAUGGUUAAAUUAGCUAUUUACAUAUUUCUUUUUGGAAAAUAUGUCAGCAUUAAUGCAUGGUUGAAAACAUGGUGUCCGUUCUUCAUUUUUUUGAUCAUAUUUUUAUCAAUUUAUUUUUGUACCAGUUUGUUUUGAGUUACUAAUUUAUUAGAUAGUGUAUUUUUAAGUUUUAUUAACUCUUUUAAGAUUUAUAUUAAGAAAAUAUUAUUUAUUACAAAUUUAUUGGCUUUUUUGUAAACAAUUAUUUUUAUUUAUUAUAUGUAGUAAUAUAACAGUUGUAAAAUAAUAAGAUGUAUAAAUCUGUAAAAAUGUACAUACAUAAACUAUGCAUACACACACACUCAUAUAUAUAUAAGUAU